GAUCGAUUUCAUCUCAAUUGUUCAUAUCUACAAACUUCUUUGAUUUCCAAUCUGGCAGUGGGGUUUAGUGACAAGGAGAAUCAUGGAUCGGCUUUCGAGUUCUCCACGUCUCAUGAUCGUUUCAGAUCUUGACCACACUAUGGUUGAUCAUCAUGAUCCUGAGAACCUUUCCAUACUAAGGUUUAAUGCCUUAUGGGAGGCUAAAUACCGUCAAGAUUCACUGCUAGUUUUCUCAACUGGAAGAUCACCUACUUUGUACAAGCAGUUGAGGAGAGAGAAGCCAAUGCUAACCCCAGACAUAACCAUAAUGUCUGUGGGAACGGAGAUAACAUAUGGUAAUGAUAUGGUGCAAGAUGAAGGUUGGAUUGAGUUUUUGAAUCAGAAAUGGGAUAAACAGAUAGUCUCAGAAGAAACAAGCAAGUUUUCUGAACUCACUAUGCAGUCAGAAACUGAGCAACGUCGACACAAAGCUAGCUUCUACGUUAAAAAAGAAAACGCGCAGGAAGUAAUGAAGACUCUUUCUGAACGUCUAGCCAAACGAGGGCUAGAUAUCAAAAUAAUUUACAGUGGCGGGAUGGACUUGGAUAUAUUGCCAAAAGGUGCUGGGAAAGGACAAGCUCUCGCUUAUCUGCAUAAAAAAUUAAAGGAAAAGGGAAAAUUACCAAAAAAUACCCUUGCGUGUGGAGAUUCUGGGAAUGAUGCCGAGCUAUUCACCAUUCCAGACGUGCAUGGUGUGAUAGUCAAGAAUGCACAGGAAGAAUUGUUGCAGUGGCAUGCUGAAAAUGCCAAAAAUAACCCUAAGAUUAUUCAUGCCAAUGAAAGGUGUGCAGCAGGUAUCAUAGAAGCUAUUGGUCAUUUUAAGCUGGGUCCAAAUAUAUCGUCCAGAGAUGUAACGGAUCUUUCAGAUGCUAAGUUGGACCAUUUUGAUCCUGCGUAUGAAGUAGUGAAGUUUUUCUUGUUUUAUGAGCGAUGGAGACGUGCAGAAGUUGAAAAUCACGAGGUCUAUCUGAGCAAUCUGAAAUCUGUUUGCUCUCCUUCUGGCGUAUUUGUUCAUCCCUUGGGUGUUCAUCAAUCUCUUCAUGUUUGCAUUGAUAAAUUGAAAGAUUGCUGUGGCGAUAAAAAGGAGGAACAAUAUCGAGUCUGGGUUGAUCAAGUUUUCCCUUCACAGAUUGAUUCGGACACGUGGCUUGUGAAGUUCCAGAAGUGGGAGCAAACUGGUCAAGAGCAGCAGGGUUGCUUGACCACAGUUGUAGUUAGCUCAAAGGGAGUGAAACCUACAGAAGGGCUGACUUGGCUUCAUGUGCAUCAGACAUGGAUGGAGGGCACGACAAAGAAUAGUCGCAAUGAUUGGUUCUUUUAAGGUUGUACCUUCUGCCUACCUCACCUGCCUUUCAGAUUCAAUAAAUUACAUUAAAAAUAAAUGUACAAUAUUAUUUGUUUUCUUAGUUUUAUUAUCAC